AUGUUACGCCAAGUGUUGAUCCGUUGUUCGAGAAGUGUCGGGAGAUCUCUUCCCAGAUCUUGCGCGACUUCAGUGGAAAAAGAACUACCGAUCGAGAAGCCCUGGUGGCGUUUGGAAGAUGAGUCCACCAUUAACGCGCGUCUCGCGGAAAAGCUUCUCGCCACGGAGAAUCCGCUGUCCGAGAAAAAGAAAAACAUGUUUGAUAUGAAAGAUGUGGAGGUUCUUGGUCGAGUGGACGACUUGUUGCCAAUGAGUGAAGAUGCGCAGUCCUUGCGAGACGUCGCCAAACCCGCGUUUGGCAUGGCGUAUAAUUUGGCGGCCUACGUGGACCGUUCCGAGCAUUUGCAAAGGCUGGUGGACUUGGGUGUGGAUCUGAGCAAGAUUGAAGAGAAUCCGAGUGACGCGGAUUUGAUUGUCAAGCUGAACUUUGAGAAUGACGUGUUGCCUCGAAUCAAAUUCCUACUGGAUCAUGGAGUCCCGGAAACGCGUUUAGGACCCAUAAUCACGAAGAAUCCGUCGUUAUUGACGGAAAAUCCGGAGGAUUUGCAAGUCCGAGUGGAUUACCUGAGAAUGAAGAACUUCACCGAAGACAGCAUAACUCGAAUUUUGAGCCAGGACCCGUUUUGGCUGUCGUUCAGUACUUUGAGAAUCGACAGAAGACUUGGCUUUUUUCAGCGGUUGUUCCAUCUGAAAGGACACGAAGUACGGGAAUUCACUGCCGGUUAUCCACGACUUGUCACUUGUAAUUUAUGGCGUGUCAAGGAGAUUGUGUUCAGUUUAUCCAAGGAAAUGGGGUUUUCGGAUGAUGAGAUCCGGAGCAUGUUGCUGGUUGUCCCGAGGCUCUUUCGCAUGAAGGUUGGAUUGCUGAGAACCAGGUUCGACUUCGUGCACAACGAGCUGCAAUGGUCGCACGGGCUGCUGGUGAAAUUUCCUCGUCACGCCUUCCUGACCAGGACGUGUCGUCUGAAGGAGAGACACCGAUUUUUGUUGAGCUUGAGUCGGGCUCAGUAUGACCCGACUUCGCCGAAUUACGUGUCGCCCGUGAUGUUGAGCGAGGGCACGGACGCCGAAUUUUGUCAUAAGGUGGCCCGGGCGCCUGUGAAAGUGUUCAACGACUUUUUGAAAACUUUGUGA